CGCAAAUGUGUUCAAUCAAUGAAAUAGAAUAGUCUCCUGAAAUUCAGUCAUGUUCGAAAAGGUACUGGCUUCCGGUCCCUGGUUAUUAUACAGUCUAUACACUAAGAGCAAGGCAACAGUCUCAUGUUUGGGGAGCAUGGUUGACUUAUCACGAGUCAGGAAGUCGUUCACUAUAGACCUGAGGUAUUUUUUGAUGGCCCUUGUGGAUAUAUAUACUACUCAUUUAUGUACAACCAGUACAAUGUCAGUAAGCACAUCGCAUCGUAAGACCAAGUGUCAGCAUCGGAGUGAUCAAAAACCCCGCAGAGCCUUGUCAGCCUCGUCAGCUUCGUUUUUAUUCCUAAAUCCACACACAUUUAUAGUUGCAUUCAAUCAGAGCGAAUUUUGGCAUGUCCCUCUCCAAGCUCCCAAACGAAGUCGUCUUUCUAAUCGCCACCCAUCUGGUCUGCUACAGGGACCUCAGGGCCCUUGUGCUAUCCUCUCGUGGAUUGUACCAUCUCUUGCAAGGAUAUCUCAGCAAACACAGCUCCCAAGCUUGCCAUGGAGGCGCUCUAUGCUGCGCUGCAGCUCACGAUGAUGAAGGUCUCGCCAGGGAAUGUCUAGAGAGGAUGGCAGUCGCCGCCGAGUCCUUUCAAGGCCCCCCUGUGAGCAACCCGUUCAAACACCCUCUAUGCACCACCAAGUGGAGGGUCGAUGAUACGGUCCUCAUUCAGCGCGCGCUGCUGGUAGCCGUGCAAGCUGGUUCAAGGCGCGUGGUCAAUCUUCUACUGGACCACGGCGCGCAGACCAUGUUCCUGUGUCCGUUUGGCUACAUUAACAACAUCCCACCGCUGUAUCUCGCCGUGCAGAACGGCCACGAGGACCUUGUGAACCUUCUAUGUGAGAGGGGACAUUCAUGCUACGGAGUGGAUACGUGUCCGCUCCUUUGGGCAAUCGAGCAUAAUCAGCGCCGGAUCAUUCGCACCCUACUGCGCCACGAAUCGUGCGAUCAUUGCUGGUAUGUUCUGCCGAUGGCCAUGAAUCGCAGAGAUACGGACAUGUUGCACUUCCUGCUGGAAAACGGGCUCCACGGAACGAAUUAUGCGUGUGAUGCGCUGUUUGCUGCAAUCUUCAAAGGGGACCUAGAAAUUGUUAGAUUGUUCAUCGCCCACGGCGCGGAUCCGAACCGGCUGGGCGACUGCUAUGACAACAGGUGGGAGAGAAAUCACGUCCAGCUUCUUCGGAAGAUAGAUAGUCGCUCCCUUCUGGAGCUUGACGGCAUAGACGAUGACUUUUUGAUUCGGAGCAACGGCUUGUGUGUUGAUGAGGAGCCGGUGUUCUAUAGUACCACCUACGUUGCGAUUUAUUAUGACCAGAUGCCGAUACUGAGGUUUCUGCUCGAGUAUGGGGUACAUCCGGAGCCGGAGGACAUUCAACUGACACGGAAGAAGGGGAAUGAAGAGGCUGUCCGUUUGCUUUCUCGAUUUUCCUAUGAAGAUGUACCACAGAAGAAGUAUUAUCUUCAGGAGUGACUCAACGAAUGAUCACAAAGACUGAAAACAGCUUCCAUCGCAAGAGAGUGUGAGAGUUGCUAUACACAGGGAAAUAUCACCUGGGGGGUAAUCGUAGUUCGCUGCGUUGAACCGCCAACCCACCUAACAUCAUUUCGGUUCUAAUCCCUCUUUCCGUGGCUAUGGGUAAAGGCAGAGAAAUUGCAAGAAAU